GGGUGUGUGUGCGUGUAUGUGAGAGUGUGUGUGGCUGCACAGAGAAGCGAUCUUGAUCAUGGCGCACAUGGAAGGUCACUGCGUAACGGUUGCUCAUUAUGACUGAGGUGACUGAUUGGGCUUUCCGUUAGCAGGUAGGUUGGUGUCUGUUGCCUGUGUCGUUUGGUUGCAAGGUCAACUGGAGUGAGUGCAACUGCUUCCGGCCUUUUCACCUUCACAUUUCUCCUUCCCGGUCGAGGACAGUACCGUACUCCUUCCUUCUUUUAUUCUUGAACCAGCAGGCCAGUGCUUCUUCAAUAACCCCAGAAUCUGUCUGCUUUCUUGCUUUCUUGCUUUCUUUCACACACACACACACUCUCUCUCUCUCUCUCUCUCUCUCUCUCUCUCUCUCUUUCCAAAACAUUCUCUUUCACCCUCCUCGACUCUCUGAAAAAAAAACAAGAUAUUCUCUCGCUCAACAACGCUACUUUUGAUACCGCCCUUCUCGAUUUUGGAACUCUUUUUCUAUUUUCUUGACUCUUUCAUUACCACCACCCAUCUUUAAUAUCGAACCGUUGGUUCUCCUUGCAGCAACCCGCAUUGAGACAUUCUUCACACUUGUCAAUCUUCCCCGGAUUUUCUUGCUGCAAGCCAAGAUGAGAUCCCUCGCAUUGGUGCCGGUCUUGGCAACAAUGCUCCCGAGUCUUGGGACAGCCACCCCGUCGCCGACAGUUGCUCAACCUCCCACCAAGAGGGGUAGCCUGCCGGUUGUGUCUGUUUCCGGGAAUGCCUUUUGGCAAAACGACAAGCGGUUUUACAUUCGCGGAGUGGACUACCAACCGGGCGGUUCCUCGGCGAUGGCGGACCCCCUGGCGGACACGACGAUUUGCAGCCGCGACAUUGACCAAUUCAGAAAGCUGGGCAUCAACACGAUUCGGGUCUACAUUAUUGACAAUUCUGCCAAGCACGACGAGUGCAUGGGCAAGCUGGCGGAUGCGGGGAUAUACGUUAUUGUCGAUGCCAACAAUCCGCUGUACAGCAUCAACCGGUACGACCCGGCGCCGUCGUAUAACGCAAAGUAUCUGCAGAGCGUGUUUGCGACGAUUGACGAGUUUGCCAAGUAUGAGAAUACGCUGGCGUUUUUUUCGGGGAAUGAGGUGGUGAAUGAUGUGGUGAAUUCGACGCUGGCGGCGAGGUAUGUGAAGGCGGUGACAAGGGACAUGAGGAGGUAUAUUGGGGAGAGGGGGUACCGGAGGGUGCCGGUGGGGUAUUCGGCGGCGGAUGUGGGGAGUAAUAGGAGGCAGCAGGCGGAUUGGAUGAAUUGUGGGAGUGAGGAUGAGAGGUCGGAUUUUUUUGCGUUUAAUGAUUACUCGUGGUGCAAUUCGGACUUUCGGACGGCGGGGUGGGACCAGAAGGUGAAGAACUUUUCGGAUUAUGGUUUGCCUAUUUUCCUCUCGGAGUAUGGCUGCCUUACCAAUGGCCGGGACUUUGGCGAGGUUGCUGCUCUGAUGAGUGACAAGAUGACGAGUGUGUACUCUGGAGGUCUGAUGUACGAAUACGCCAUGGGGGAUAAUGGCUACGGCAUUGCAAAGAUUCCUAGCGUCAAGGGCUCCUCGGUUCAGAAACUAGAUGGGUUUGAGAAGUUUGCCUCUGCUCUGGCUGCCAACCCACCCCCCGAGGGAGAUGGAGGAUUUGUCUCGACGACACACGCCAAUGCCUGCCCUACCAAGGAUGCCAACUGGCUCAUUGACACGACUUUGCUGCCAGCUAUCCCUGAGCAGGCCAAGAUGUUGAUGAUGGAGGGGGCUGGAUCUGGACCCGGUCUCGGUGGUGACGGGUCUCAGAAUGCUGUGGAUGCUGGCACUAGCAGUGGCGACGCGGAGCAAGGUUCUGGGACGGUGACUUCGUCCAGCACGCCCAAGGGGAGUGAAAAUGCGGCGCCGGCGACAUCAACCCCGGCCAACGCUAGAGCCGUGGUCAAGAUCCCGUUGGUGCUGACGGGAAUGGUGGUUGUGUUGACAUUGGGUGGUUCUUUUUUGCUCUGA